UUAAUACCUAUUGUCUCUUCCCUUCUCCUUUUCUGUAACGAAAACCCAAAACCCUAAAAUUGGAUUCGCUUUUUGAUUCUUUCCCGCAGAGAAGAGGAACGGAGCACUAAAACCCUAGCGGACGUGCCCCAAUGAAUUAUGCGGAAGAUGAUGCCUCCUCGGGCUCUGGAGAUGAUAUGAACAUGGUAGAUGGACAUAACAAGCGGCAGUCUAUGACGCCAUCAGGUUCUGGUCGGGGCAAGAGAAGCCGUAAGGCUACUGGUGAUGCUAUAGUGGAUGCUAUGCUGGAAAUAGCAGCUGCUUCAAAGAUGAGAGCAUCUACAAUUAUGAGGAAUGAAGACCGCUUUUCUAUAAGCAAAUGCAUUAAAGUAUUGGAUGAGAUGCAAGGUGUUGAUCAACGAAUUUACUUUCUUGCCUUGGAUUUAUUUGAGAACCCCAGUGCCAGAGAAAUCUUUAUUUCCCUUAAGAGUGAGAAACGAUUGCUAUGGUUGCAGGGAAAGUGUAAUUCUUUGUCUGGUUAGAUAGUUUAAUGGAAGUCACUGUACUUUUUAGUCACAAGAUUCACAAUAUUUGGUUUUGGUCCACAUAAGCAUAAUGCUGCCUAGAGCUUCUAUGAUUGUAAUUAGUUUGACUUCAUCUGUCUCGUUCAGUUUACUGAUCUUAAAUAAUAGUUAAUGGCUUCA